UCCGAGAGUUGGCGAUAGGCCUUUGUAGUGUAGCUGGUUUUAUCUGAGGCUCAUCAUAACGUUUCUUCUGAAAAUCAAAAAAACAAACAACAAAAAACAGUUGUAUCUAUACAUCAGUGCAAAAACCAACAUGUGCGUGCAAAUUCACCACAGAAGAAAUUGUUCCAUUCGACGAGCCAAUCACCAGCUAGAUUGCCUUAAAUGGAAAAUAGUGCGUAAGUCAUAACUUGUGUGAGAAGGACGUGUGAAGCUGCCUUUCAGCCCCGGGUCAUCAUCAGACAUGGACGGACUGUGGAUUAUUCUCGUUGCUCUCUCAGGAGUUGUUUCCUUCAGUCAUGGUUGGAUUUCUGUACCAACACUGGAGGUGACAGUCAGACCUGGAGACAACGUCACUUUCUACUGUGACUGCAGACCAUCACGUGGAGAAUACAUAGUAUGGUUCAGGAACUGUUCCCAUGAGAACCAGCCUACUCUUGUUCUAAGUUUAGAAGAUCAGAAACUGUGGACUUCUGCAGGCAUUAUACUACGUCCUCGUUUUGAACUGGUGAAGAACAUUUCCACUGAUUCCUAUGACCUGCUGAUCACCAACGUCACUGAUUCUGAUGAAGGUCUCUACUACUGUGGAACUGAAAAGACCAAGGUGGAGGAUAAAGAAUACAUCACUAGAAGACAUAUUUACACAUAUGGCAACAUAACAACAAAACUCAUAUUAGACUCCAGUGAACCUCAAGGAGACGUCCACGACACCCUGGAAGACUGCAGUCUGUGCUGGAAGCUGCUCUUCUCUCUGUGUCCGUCUGUUGCCAUUCUCUCCUCCAUGUUCAUUUUACAGCUCUGUCGGGAAACAGCCAAACGUCUUCAAAUUGAUGAGAGAAGAACUGACACCAGAGGCCAGAUACCACCCAUUCAGGAUGAAGGUGUGUUUCAUGCUGCGCUGGAACUCCAUCAGGCAACACAGAGACCAAAGAGGAUGAAGAUCUGGAGCUCUGACAUAACAGCCUGCACCUACUCUGUCAUCAGAACCUCUGACCUAACGAUGUAAUAUUAGAAACAACACAAUGAACCGAUAACAAGGGCCACAUGUUGUAAAUGGAUCCUCUUUGAAGGAAACAUAAUUAGCAGGCAGGGUGUCUCUUUCCAUUCUUUAUGAUGCUCAGACCUAGCUGCCAAGCUUCCAACCAACUUCCUGCUGUCAUGACUCUGAUUGUUUUUUCAUGAUCAUGUUUUGAGUUUCCUGUUUUAUUUUGUUAAGUUCCUUGGUUUCCUGUUUUGUGUUGUUGCCUGUGUUCUCUUUCCUUGAUUGCUUAUUAGUUUGGAUUCCUGACAUCUUUUAAAGACACAGAAUCAGAAGAAAAGAGAUCACAUCACUCUGGUUUCAGCAGAUCACUUCUGACUCCCAGAGUGUUUUAGAAUUGAUUUUAAGCUCUUAUUGAUCACUUACUACAUGUUACUGACCUUUUAGCACCACACAGGCAGAUAUGUACCUUAAGAUCCUCAGGCUGAGGUCUGCUGUCUGUUCCAGGGGCCUGGCUGAAAACAAAAGGUUGUUCUUGGUUAGGGCCCCUCGUCUGUGGAAGAAUCAGCCUGAGGAAAUUAGGUCAACAUACUCUGUGAUCUCCUCUAAUCUGCUACUUGCAGAUUAUACUUAAGACAUACUGUUAGCAGAGAGCAUUUUCUGUUUUUUAGUUGUGUAUAAAGUGAGUUUAAAUUAUUUAUGUAUGCCUGUUUUUAAAAUUGCAGAUUUUUAUGUUGCUGUGAAGCCGUUUAAAGUGUUGACUUGAUUAUCAUCAUCACUUUAUUAUGCAAUAUUUUAAUACUCUGUAUUGUUUCUGAUGUGCUUCAUUAUGUCAUUAUCCUGUCAUAAUUGAAUUCAUGUGGCAAUAAAAUCAGAUCCACCUUUA